AUGUCGAACCAAGGAGCUAGGAGAAAUGGCCCAGUAAAGCUGCGGUUGACAGUCCUGUGUGCGAAGAAUCUGGCAAAGAAAGACUUCUUUCGGUUGCCAGAUCCCUUUGCCAAAGUGGUGGUGGACGGUUCAGGACAAUGCCACUCUACAGAUACUGUGAGAAACACUCUCGACCCAAAAUGGAAUCAACAUUAUGAUCUUUAUAUUGGAAAGGCAGACUCUAUAACCAUCAGUGUAUGGAACCACAAGAAGAUCCAUAAAAAGCAGGGUGCAGGGUUCCUCGGAUGUGUUCGCCUUCUGUCCAACGCAAUCAACAGACUCAAAGACACAGGCUAUCAGAGACUGGAUCUGAAUAAGCUGGGCCCCAAUGACAAUGAUACAGUGAGAGGACAGAUCGUAGUCAGUCUUCAGUCCAGAGAUCGGAUCGGGUCUGGGGGACCAGUGGUAGACUGCAGUCGUCUUUUUGACAAUGACUUACCUGAUGGAUGGGAAGAGAGGAGGACAGCAUCUGGAAGAAUACAGUACCUGAACCACAUCACACGCACCACACAAUGGGAGAGGCCCACCAGACCAGCAUCGGAGUACUCCAGUCCAUCAGGGCGUCCACUGAGCUGCGUGGUGGACGAGAACACGCCAGUGAUGACGCCUGUUAAUGGAGCUGUGGCACCUAGCGGCCCCACAGGCGAACAGCGGAUCCAGGAGAGGCGGGUUCGAUCGCAGCGGCAUCGGAACUACAUGAGCCGAACACACCUGCACACACCUCCUGACCUGCCCGAGGGUUAUGAGCAAAGAACAACUCAGCAGGGCCAGGUCUACUUCCUGCACACACAGACUGGAGUCAGCACCUGGCACGACCCACGAGUACCCAGGGACUUAAGUAAUGUAAACUGUGAGGAGCUGGGCCCACUGCCCCCAGGCUGGGAGAUCAGAAAUACUGCCACUGGUCGUGUCUACUUUGUGGAUCACAACAAUCGAACAACACAGUUCACAGACCCACGACUGUCUGCUAACCUGCAUCUAGUGCUCAACCCGAGUCCAAAUGGUUCCCGUGUGGCCAUGGACAGCCAAAACACUAACCUCAGCCACCCAACUCAGCUGAAGGACCAGGGUGGUCCUGGGGUCCCUCAGCAAGCUCUGUCACCAGCUCAGUUACCUGAAGAGGUGGAGUGCCUGACGGUGCCCAAAUACAAAAGAGACCUGGUUCAAAAGCUCAAGAUCCUGCGACAGGAGCUUUCUCAGCACCAGCCGCAGGCGGGCCACUGCCGCAUCGAGGUCAGCCGCGAGGAGAUCUUUGAGGAGUCAUACCGCCAGGUGAUGAAGAUGCGCCCUAAAGACCUCUGGAAAAGACUGAUGAUCAAAUUCAGAGGAGAGGAAGGACUAGACUACGGAGGGGUAGCAAGGGAGUGGUUAUACCUGCUAUCGCACGAGAUGCUGAACCCCUACUACGGCCUGUUCCAGUACUCCCGAGAUGACAUCUACACCCUACAGAUUAACCCCGACUCUGCUGUCAACCCUGAGCACCUGUCAUAUUUUCAUUUUGUGGGUCGCAUCAUGGGCAUGGCAGUGUUUCAUGGCCACUACAUAGACGGAGGCUUCACUCUGCCCUUCUACAAACAGCUUCUGGGAAAACCAAUCACGCUGGACGACAUGGAAUCCGUCGACCCCGACCUGCACAACAGUCUUGUUUGGAUUCUGGACAACGACAUCACCGGCGUCCUGGAUCACACUUUCUGCGUGGAGCACAACGCCUACGGUGAAAUCAUCCCACACGAACUCAAGCCCAACGGCAAAAGCAUCCCAGUGACGGAGGAGACCAAGAAGGAGUAUGUCAGGUUGUACGUGAACUGGCGUUUCCUUCAUGGCAUCGAGGCCCAGUUCUUAGCCCUGCAGAAAGGCUUCAAUGAGGUCAUCCCGCAGCAUCUGCUCAAAUCCUUUGACGAGAAGGAACUGGAGCUGAUAGUGUGCGGCCUGGGAAAGAUCGAUAUCGCUGACUGGAAGUCAAACACCCGUCUGAAGCACUGCACCCCUGACAGCAACAUCGUCAAGUGGUUUUGGAAAGCCGUCGAGUCGUUUGAUGAGGAGAGGAGGGCCCGACUGCUGCAGUUUGUCACAGGCUCAUCAAGAGUUCCACUGCAAGGCUUCAAGGCUUUACAGGGUGCUGCAGGACCUCGACUCUUCACCAUCCAUCAGAUCGAUGCCAACACCAAUAAUCUGCCCAAAGCCCACACCUGUUUCAAUCGGAUUGACAUUCCUCCCUACGAGAGCUACGACAAACUAUAUGACAAGCUACUGACGGCGAUUGAGGAGACGUGCGGCUUCGCAGUGGAAUGAGAGCCGAGUUGGAGAGUUUCCACAUAAACACGUGCAGCUGUGCAGGAUCCUGAUGAACUUCUUUCCACAGCAGCGCGCAGAUGGACUCGCUCAGUUCAUCCAGUCUUCCUCUUCCUUUUCCUUCACCGCUGUCCAUGUUCUCCCCUUAUUGAUUUCUGUUUGAACAGCUGCUAAAGGGUCGUCCUAUCAUUGUGUUUCUGGUUUUAGUUUGACAUCUCUGUUGUGAGUGGAUUUUUUUUUUCUCUUUAGUCUUAUUGUCAGGAAAGACUUUCCCUAUUGAUUGAGUUUGAAAACAUCAGCUUACAGUUCAACGUGUUACAAAAAAAAAAAAACGCUUUAAAGUUUUUCUCAGCCACGUAACAAACAUCUUCACUAUUUAGUUUCUCAGAUUUUUACUGACUGAUCCGUGUCAUGCUACUGAUUUGUUAACACUGCAGGUAGCCAUAUCUUUCCCUCAGCCACCAUCUAAACCUCAACCUGAACAGCUGGUCGCCGUGGCUGCACCGUUGGCGUUCUUCGUCCUGUUAGGAGUAACAUGAAUUCAUCCUACCUCAGUGUUAUGCUUCUAUAUUUGAAGGGUUUCAUUCUGAAAUGCCAUGCACCAUCGUUCAAGUGAUGAUUUAACCCGCUCUCAAAAAGCUUUUAAACCCUGAUUCAGAAUCGGUUUGUUUCCACCAGCAGUCUUUUCGUACCCGUAUAACCAUAGUGACUGAAAAGUGAGCGUAUCAUCCGGAAGUGGAACAGAACAGUACAGAUUCAUUCGGGAGCAUCCCUGAGGCUUUGUGGUGCUUUUGGGGACGGACUCUGGUGACGAAGAAGGUUUCUCUCUAGUGAUCGACGGCAGUGUGGCCACCUCUCUUGUAAACAUCUGUGUCUGUAUGCGUCUCCACGUGUGUACAAGUAGGCACAGUGCAGUUCACCUCCACCCACUCAGUAACCGGCGUCUCACUGCACAACUGAUUUAACCUCACUCUUAUUCUCACCUUUGUCUGCCCGUAUGUGAUAUCUAUCAAAGCUUUACCGGCUCACACGACGUCAGGACAAAUGUGAGAAAGGCACAUCUGUCCACAGAGACGGCGUUUGAUUUAAAAAGAAAAGGAUGAAAAAAAUCAGCGCAGAUGACAUUUCUCAGUCACGUCAUUCUAAGUUUCUUUCUUUCUUGUGACACUUAAGAGCACUUUACAAACUGAGCGCUGAUGACGGGAGUGCUUCCUUUCUGUUCGAUUGAAAUAUAUCAGAUUUCCUUUGCUUGCAUACACGAUAGAAAUACACGAAGUAAAAAAUAUCUAUAGACUUGUAAUUUUUUGAGUAUAUAUGUACAAAUACAUAGUUAUUUUGUAUAUUGUUGCUUGAUCCCUGUUCAGUUUAAAUGAAAGCAUGUUGAUGUCUGUCGCAGACUUCUUUGCAUUCUCAGGUGAAGCUGUCUUUUUUUUAAAUGUUUUCUUUAAUUGUCCAUACAAUACGCUUAUACAUGAGGAAACUAUAUUUUAGCAGUCCUGCCUCCAUCACAGAGUAAACUUAAAGCAGUUUUGAGUGACAUUUUGGUUUUUCACUCGGGAACAGAGACAUUCAGAGCUGAAUGCAGUGAGUAUUUGCUGCUCUGAUAUAGAUGACCGUGUAUUGUACACACCAGCAGUUUAUUUCAGUGGAAGUUUUAGAAGGAAUCAACAAAAUAUCAGAGAUGCAGUUUAGCUGCCGCUGAACCCCUGGAUGCUAUAAAAACUGGUGGUGAAAACUAAACUGAAGCGUCACUUAAAACCAGAGAGGCAGCGGGGUGGAGCUGCUUUUUCUCAAUCAGAGCCUCCAUCUAUUAAAACAACCAAAAAAGAAAAAAGAAAAAAAAUCCACUGCAUGAAUGGAUUCUAUAGAAAUAAAGUCUAUUUAUUUGCUUAAUUUUACUGUCAGAAAACCUUAUUUUUAACUUGGCAAAAAAGUAUCACAAUUUGUUUCACACUUUACAUUUGCAUAUAUUACCGCCUGCAUUUAUUUUCAACCAUUAAUCUUUUUUUGUUUUUGACACGAGACAAAACCAAACAAAAAAAAAACAUUGUAAUUGUGGUUCUUGUACAGCUGCAGUGAAUUCCUUUGACCAUUUCCAACUUCACUCUGAUGCAGAAGAAAAAUGCAGACAAAGGUAUUCUUUAUUUUCUCUUUUUGUUUGCACACAUUAUGCAUACAUGGCCUUGAAUUUAUAAUCCAACACUUCCUUCUAUUUACCAAAUAGUUAUUGGACUGAUGUUUUUUUUGUUGUUUUUUUUUUAUGUAGAUUUCAUAUACAGUAUAUGUACACCCACCCAUAAUACACACACGUAUGUUUGACCUGACCGUACAGUCCACUUCUUCUCUGUUCUUGUAUGUUUUCUGGCUGGUUCAGUCUUCAGUGUAGAAGUUUUGCAAUACCUAAAAACUUUCCCCCUGUUCCUCAGUUUAAAUGCCAGAAUUGAUCAGUCUUGAUGACGUUCCCUUUAAAUCAAGAUGUCUGUGAUAUGAACAGAUUUGUCUGUAUGAUUGGAAAGCCAACCCUGGUGGAGAAUUUGCAAGUCAGUGAUGUUUUAACUGGUUCCAGACAACAAGAAGCUGCCCCAAGCUUUGAACCGAUAAAACUUGAAGCAGCGGAAGUGUACUGCACACGUCUUUAUGUGAAGGCCCGAGGGGCCAUAAGGGUUUUUUUCUUCCAAAUUUUAUGUGCAAAUUUGUGUGUGAGUAUCAAUUGCCUUUUAAUUGAAAGCAAAACUAAUUGACUUUUUUUUUAAUGGCACUAUUUUUUUUUCUUUGGACUUCUGUAUGUUUUUGUAUUUAUUAUGACAGUACAUCUGGUUAUAGUUUCCUUAUCAGCUGCUCUGUGAGUUUGUAACUUGACACUUGUACAUAUAGACAAUAAAGACGCAAAGUGAGAAACUUCUUAUAGCCUUGCAGAAAGCUGAGCAAUAAAACUAUGCUGUUUGGACCUAACAGCAGUAUGUUUUAUAGAACCUAAUGUAUUACUGUUUUUUUGUCCACACUCAGAGACGGAUGGGUGUGUUCGCCGUGUUGCAUUAUGUUUGGCCUAAAGUCAUUUGGAUGCAUGUUUCGAACAAAUCUAAACACAAAAACAGUUCAAAUAAUACUGAAUGGCGUGGCAAGUGUUUACCUGCAAGGUUGCAGUCAAAGUCAGAGCCUGGAGCUGCUGUUGCUGCUCUGCCUUCCAUGCAGUGACACAAAGAUUUAAGAAAACAAACUGUUAAAUUCAGCAAGUUAGAAUGUUUUGGAAAAAUGUAUGAGAUUUAAAUUCGGUGUUCAUAAUUAAAACUUUCAGUUUAUUUGACCAUGAAUGUAU